CCAUUGGCGGCGCUCGCGUCACCGCCCCGUGUGACGUCACCCGCCCCGCGCCGCAGCCGCCGCCAUGGGCAAGAGCCGCGGCGGGGCCGCCAAGGCCGGCAGCGUGUUCCGCAUCGCCCGCAGCGGCGUCCUCAGGGCCAAGGCCAAGGGCAAGGCGCGGCCCGUUACCUCCGGCCUCAAGCAGAUAAAUAUUAAAAAUGCUGAAAAAGUUAGCACACUAAAUAAAGCAUUUGCUGAAGUUCAGAAAGAAAUCCAGCAGCUAUCAAAAGGUACCACAGCAGAACCUCAGAAGACUCAGCAGGUUUCCACAAAUGUGGAAGAGGAACCAGCAAAUGUGGAUGCUGCCACAAACCUGUUAUCUCAGUUGUAGUGCAAAAUGGACAAUGAAGGGGUUGCAAGAAGUGAAAGACCACACAUACUGAUGGCUUUGUUUGCACAAUUUUAUUAAAAAAAUCUUGUUAAUAUACAA